CGCUUUCAGUCGCAAACUGACGCUCAACGAGUACACAUCUCGGUGGUUGAAAAUACCUAGAAAACGAAAAACGCUUACAAUAAAUAAAAUACAUAUAAGCAAUAUAAUACAAGCAAGCAAGCAGCACAACAGCUAAAAGCCACAGCUAACUACCUAAGCGCUUUUUCUGUUGAAAACUGCCAGCCAGUCAGCCUGCCCGAUUGAUUGUAUAGUCGUCAGCCGCCACACAGCGUGCACAUUUCCGAAGCAAACAAUAAAAUAAUAAAGUAUCUAUCAUCUGCCUACCUAUAGCACGCUAGCUAGUGUUUGCUCCAUACACUCGCCCUGCUUUCAGAUUAGAGCGAUAGAGAAGACAAGAGUCGUCAUUACUUGUACGUACUGUCUUCGUCCUUGCUGUUGCACCGCAUUCUUUCUAUCACAUCGUACGCCUUCGGCUGUACAGCGAACAUUCAGAUACAUACGUUGUUGUUUGUUGUUGUUGGUUGUGUGGUUCGACUGUAGAUACAGAUACAUUUACGUAUAAAGUAUCUACGUAUCGCGAACAGAACAGCUCAGCUCAGCACAGAACGUACCGCUGAAAUAACAUUCAGAAGUUAAAUACACACCGCAAACGACAGUCUCGAACAGUGUGUCUGUGUGCUUCGUACCGAGUGGAUCGUCAAAGCAAAUUGUACGCGUCUUGUGUUUUAAAGCAAAUAAAAUAAAUUUGUAAAAAUACAUAAAAAUAACCGCGAACGCAGUUAUAUAAGUUACAACAAAAAAUUAUAAAAUAUAUCAAUUAUAUUUAAAAACACAAACUACACAGAACAAAUCAAAGAAAAUGUCAGCCGCCACAGAACAACAAAAUAACGGUGAUGUCGCUGUUGAGAAAGUUGCCGCCGAUGCCGUCGAUGCGGCAGCAGCCGUGAAGGAAGAUCUCAAAAAGCCUGCCGUCGAUGAAACAGUAGCGGCCGCCGACAAUGGUACAGCGACAAAAGGUGACGAUGAGGAAGCCAACGAUGCCGCCGCACCCGUCAAGGGACAAGUGAAAGGAACAAAACGGCCCGCCGAAGCGAAAUCCGCUGAAUCAAAGAAGGCCAAAAAAGAAAAGGCCGCUGAUGCUGAUUCAGAUGAUGAAGAGGUUUUAGAAGAGAUCACCGAGGGUGAUAGUGAAAUUGAAAGUGACGAAUAUGAUAUCCCCUACGAUGGUGAGGAGGAAGACCUCGAAUGCGACGAUGAUGACGACGAGAACGACGACGGCUCCGGCUCAGAUGAUCAGGCGUAAUAAUAAUAUAGUAGUCAAAACCAUUUAAAUUAAAUAUAAAAAAAAUAUAAAAAAUGCAAGAAAACUUAAAAAACUGCAAAACAAAAAAAUGUAAUAACACAAACAAAGAAACAAAAAUGAUGAAGAAAGAAGUAUAUAAUUAUUAUGUUAAGAAAUACUUUUUAAUUUCUUAUUUUAUUUUAAUUGUAUUAUGUGUAAUUUUUUUUAUAAAAAAAUAAGAGAAUGAUGAUGAUGAGAACAACAAAAGGCGAAAAAACCCACAAACUGCAUAAUUUUUUCCUUUACACUUAAGUCUUACGUAUAUUAUCAUUUUAAUAUAUAAUUAUAUAUAUAUAUAUACAUAUAUAUAAAUAUAAACAACUUAAGCGUAAUGAUGAAAAGAUGAGUUAAACAAAAAAAUAUUAAAUAAUAAUAAUAACAUGAGAUGAAAAUGAUGAACACAAAUUACAACAAUAGCAAUUAGAAACGUUACAAUUGAGUAAAAAAUACAAAAAACAUGAAAAGUAUUUAAAUAAAAGAAAAUUAUGUGAAAAAAAUUUAA